GAGAGAGAGCUGUGUCAUUGAGCAGGCAGGACACGUCAGGAGAAGAGAGAGAGAGAGAGAGAGAGAGAAAAAAGCUGACCGACUGCACCGUACGAGUCAGCGACCACAUCGACCCCGAAAGCUUCGCCUGACGCACUCGUGUUUUCAAGGACACCUCCUCGCCUCCAGCCCACUGAGCGGAUCUCGACAAAGACGCCGCCGAGGUCGAAGGUGGUGAUCAGCAGGACAAACGAUCACGGGAUAGCUUUUGUGUGUGGGGGGAGAAAACAAAUGGGGGAUUACGGGUUUGGAGUCCUAGUUCAAAACAACACUGGCAACAAGUCUGCAUUCCCAGUUCGAAUCCACCCGCAUCUGCAGCCCCCACACCACCACCAGAAUGUGUCGCAGAGCCCGGCUGCUUUCAUAAACAGCACCACAGCCGCAGGGAAUGGCACCACGGGAGGCUCUCCCUGGCUCUUUCCUGCCUCAGCCACCCACAACAGCGUGCAAGACGAAAUCCUGGGGGGCCCAGAGAAGCCCAAAGCACAGCAGCAACAGGAAAUGCAAGAAACGCAAGAAAAGCAGCAGCAGCAGUUGUCCCCUGGGAGUCACCAGGAGGGUGGGGGUGGGAUCAUCUCAGAACUGGAAAAAGCCCGGUCAGAUGAAGCCAAGACAGACAACGGUACGUCUGAAGGAAGUAACGGAAAGGAGAAGCAGUUACGUCUUGAGUCUCCUGUCUUGACAGGCUUUGAUUACCAGGAGACAUCUGGUCUUGGGGGAACUGGCCAGGUCCAGUCCAGUACAACCUCGUCAUCACUUACUGGCUUCAACAACUGGUCAGCUGCUAUCCCGCCAGCGCCAUCAACCAUCAUCAAUGAGGAUGUCAGCUUCUUCAACCCGGCGUCUGCCAACAACGGGCCCCUGCUGUUCCAGAACUUCUCACACCAUGUCAGCCCAGGGUUUGGUGGGAACUUCUCUCCCCAGAUCGGACCAGCGGCGGCCUUGUCCCAGCACCACCCGGCUCCCCCACCACACCCUCACUUCCAACACCCCCACAACCAACACCAGCAGCAUCGGCGCUCCCCGGCCUCCCCACACCCUCCACCGCCCUUUCCGCACAGGAAUCCGGCUUUCAGCCAGUUGCCGCAUUUGUCCAACAGCCUGAACAAGCCCCCGUCCCCUUGGGGCCCAGCCAGUUACCAGAGCCCCUCUCCCUCCCCUGGCUCCUCUACCUCCUGGAGUCCCGGAGGAGGCUACGGUAGUGGUAGCGGCGGCUGGGGAGGGUCUCAGGGCAGAGAUUAUCGCAGAGGGCUGAACGGCGGGAUGACCCCCAUCAACUCUAUCUCUCCUCUGAAGAAGACCUUCCCUAACAACCAUGUGGCAUCCCAGAAGUACCCUCGAAACAGUCCUGCAGGCUUCAACCCCAAGUCCUGGAUGGAUGAUGGAGUCGGCCGCAGUGACAACAUCUUCCCCUUUCAGGAACGCACCAGGUCAUUUGACAGCUUCAACAUGAACACACUGGAGAGCUCCCUGAUCGACAUCAUGAGGGCUGAGCAGGACACCCUGAAAGGUCGUCUUGGGUUCCCCCAUCCAGGAGGAGACAACCCUUUACCCCUCAAUGGCCACUCCUCUCUCUUCCCCAUGGAGGAUGGUUUCCCUGAUGACGAUCGUGGCGAUCAGGGUCUUGCAGGCCUGGGCUCUCCACACUGCUUUCCACACCAGAACGGAGAGCGCGUCGAACGUUACUCACGCAAGGUCUUUGUGGGAGGACUGCCCCCGGAUAUAGAUGAAGAUGAGAUAACAGCCAGUUUCCGGCGUUUUGGACACCUGUUUGUGGACUGGCCUCACAAAGCGGAGAGCAAAUCCUAUUUUCCACCCAAAGGCUACGCCUUCCUGUUGUUCCAGGAUGAGAGCUCAGUGCAGGCUUUGAUUGAUGCCUGCAUCGAAGAGGACGGCAAGCUGUACCUCUGUGUGUCCAGCCCCACCAUCAAAGACAAGCCGGUCCAGAUUCGCCCGUGGAACCUGAAUGACAGCGAUUUUGUGAUGGAUGGAUCUCAGCCUCUGGACCCGAGGAAAACCAUCUUUGUGGGAGGUGUCCCUCGUCCGCUCCGUGCAGUGGAGCUGGCCAUGAUCAUGGACCGCCUGUAUGGUGGGGUGUGCUACGCUGGCAUCGACACAGACCCCGAGCUGAAGUACCCCAAGGGAGCAGGGCGGGUCGCCUUCUCUAAUCAGCAGAGCUACAUUGCUGCUAUCAGUGCUCGCUUUGUACAGCUGCAGCAUGGAGAAAUCGAUAAACGGGUGGAAGUGAAGCCAUACGUGCUGGAUGACCAGCUGUGCGAUGAGUGCCAGGGAACUCGCUGCGGCGGGAAGUUUGCGCCGUUCUUCUGCGCCAACGUCACCUGUCUGCAGUACUACUGCGAGUACUGCUGGGCGGCCAUCCACUCACGCGCCGGACGAGAGUUUCACAAACCCCUGGUGAAGGAAGGAGGCGACCGACCCCGUCACAUCUCCUUCCGCUGGAACUGAGCGGACGACAGAGAGGGAGAGGCAACAGGGGAGCAGGAGGGCAGGUAGUGCAGGAGUCGCAAAUCAUUGUACAAAUAAAUGCACUUUUCUGUUGCUGGUUCCUUUUCGUUCCAAUUUCACUGAACCUUUUUCCUAAUUUUUUUAAGUUAAUAUAUAUCUAUAUUUUGAAAAUAGAAAAGAAAAACUGGAAUUAUAUCCAAAUAUGUCCAGCAAGG